GUGUCAAGUCCGCUUGCGUACCGUAGGUUUGUCACUGGCUUCAUCGAACUUGUUUCUUAAAUCUUCGGAAGUUUUAAAGUCUAUAAGACAACGGAAAGUAUACUUUUGCAAUUGGAAAUACUUAAUAGUGCUUUCAGUUAAGUAACACUGUGUUUUUGUGAAUUGUCCCACCCGACGCUGAAAGGGGCAAAAUGAAUCGAAAGCAUUUCAUAUACGUUGAAAACAUCUCGCCGGGCAGUACGGAGGAUCAGUUGAUGGCGUACCUGGCGAAAUGGAGCCCGGUGCAGCAAGUUUACUUCCUGCGGGAAAAGCAGUGCACCAAACGUUCGAUUGCCGCCUUCGUACGGGUGGCCAGCGCAGAGGAUUUGGAACAGGUGAUGACGCGAAAUCAGCAGAACUAUCGUGGGAAACGUUUAUUCAUGGUGACCGUGGAUCAGCCACAAUUCUUCCAGGCCGAUUUGUCCGUCAUCGUGAGAAACAUUACAUCAAAAAUUUCGGAGGAGAAUUUAUUCGAACAUUUUGAGGAUUGCGGAAAAAUCACCUUUCUGCAGAUUCGUACGAACGACUUUGCCUAUGUCUGUUUCCAGGAUAAGGCAGGCGUACGCAAUGCUAUGUUGAAAAACAACAUGCCACUGAAAGGUGCGAAUCUCAAGAUACAGCUGCUCACACGUAAUGUCGAGAUCAUGAUCGUUAAUCUUGACACUCUGCCCAACCGAAUGCCGGAUCUUUAUAGGAUGAUGUGUCUACCAGUUGAAAUAAGAAGGUCUGAGAGGCUAGAUCAGGCCAAUCAGCAGACGAAGCAAGAACCUGUCGAACCAAUGGUAGACGUUCACGACCAGCAACAACAGUCGAAUCAACCUCAACAAGGAUCGAAUCAGGUUCAACAACAGCCACAAAGAUCGAAUCAACCACAGCAGCAGCAACAACAAAGAUCAAAUCAAUCACAACAGCAGCAGCAACAAAGAUGGAACCAACCACAACAGCAGCAACAACAAAGACCGAAUAAACCACAACAGCAGCAGCAGCAGCAACAAAGAUCGAAUCAACCACAACAGCAGCAGCAACAAAGAUCGAAUCAACCACAACAGCAACAGCAGCAAAGAUUGAAUCAACCACAACAGCAACAGCAACAAAGAUCGAAUCAACCACAGCAGCAACAACAACAACGGUGGAACCAACAGCAACCACAACAAAGGUCAAAUCAAUCACAGCAACAUAAUCGGCAAUUGGUUAACCAGCAGCAGAAACAGAAUGAACAACAACAACAAAACAAGCAUCAGCCACAGCAGCAACCCCUACCCCAGAGAUCAACUCAGCUCAAUUGGUUUAUGCGACAACAAGACUCAGAACCACAGCCUCAACAGCAAAAUCAGCUAUCCGCUGUUCAAAGGUUGAAGGAGAAGGCCAACGCUCUGGUCCUAAAGCAGCAGGAUUUGCCGCCACUGCGUUCCCCAGUCACCAGCAAUUCACCAAGUAAUGGAACAUCUUUGGCAAAUGGUCAACAGAAACCUAUGACUACAGCCCCGAUUGAAGAGAUUGUCAUAAUUGACGAUAUCGACACGGAUAGUGAUUUGCCGGUGCCACCUAUUCCAUCGAAAUAUCAACCCAAACCAGGCGAUCUAAUGAAACCAAUCAAGGCAGCGGAGAUCAGAAUGAACAGCACAGAUGCUAAGAAUCCUGACGUACGAGCUGUUUGGAUCAACAAUAUUGAUCAAGAAGUGCACAACUUGGAUAUUGUCCGAUACAUGGAACAGUUCGGCGAUGUAGAGCACUUCAAAUUUGGCAACUCGCAAAACAGUUUCUUCACGAAGUGGGCGAAAGUUGUAUUCACAAAGCAGGAGAGUGCCCUCCUGGCAUCCGAGUACUUUCUGCAUCCGUACAAUGGCCGUUAUCUGUUUGUGCUUUCCUGCACUCGCAACAUAGAAGAGGUUCCAGAGCGCUGCUUCUUCGCGGAUUAUCUUUCGCAGUAUAUCGUUUACGAAGACAUAGUCAAAGCGUUCAAGCAUGUCGGUGAAGUUUUCUACUUUGUGCGGCUGACGCUUCGUAACAUGCGCAAGGUUCGUAUCUUCUUCACGGCAGACGUUGAUCCAAAAGCAGUGUUAGCGGUCAAAUCAAUCGGCGGUAUGCCGGUCGUUUUGGAACGCUUUUCCAAAGAUGGAGGCGGAAAAAUUUCAAGGGCUGCAAUGAAGAGCAUAAGAAAUCAGCGGGACAAAAUACCCGACAACCAAGCAUCUCGCGUAGCCAAGGUAAAUGAAAUACGACAGCAGGAUUCGGAACUAUACUACUCGUACCAAAAGGAGGUUGACAAUUCCGACAGCAGGAAACACUCCUCGGAAGUUUUGAUGAUCAACGUACCUAAAACAACCACUGACCAGGAAAUAAAAGAUUUUUUCAAAGAGGUCGGGGAGCCGCUUACGAUUCGCCGCGAGCCCGAACCAUACGACACAUCCGAGCGCAUCUACGUUGGGUUUAACACUUUUUCGAAAGUGUUGCGAGCGAUCGAUCUGGAACCGCCGAUCAAUGCAUUCGAUGGGCACGGUAUAUUCAUUACCGAGGCGAUACGGCUAGCCAAAAAGACCAACCGUAAUGCCGUGUCGUUGUGGUUUGAAGAACCUCUAACUAUCCAGGAUAUUUUCAAUAGAAUGAAGGAAAUCGGCCCUAUUCGUAACAUCGAGAAGCAAAACGACAAGCAGGCAGUGGUCGUUUUCAAAAUAUCUUCCUGUUCAGCCGACGCUCUGUCGAAAGCUCAAGAUGUAAAAUCGAUUGGUGGAGUUAAGAUUGUGAAGAUAGCCCUAUUCGAUGGAAAACAAGGAAAAGCUGAAAAAUCAGACGAACCUAUCGUUAUUCUCGAUGAUGAUGUGGAAGUAGUUGAAACGAAAGACGCUGCAAAGAGCGAAAAUCAAGGAAAACCUAAACCAGAACAGCAGCCACGACAAGAUCAAAAGCAAAACGAUCAGCAACAGAAUCAGAACCAACAAAAGUUUGCCGGAAACAAGCAACAAAACAGAAGAGUCCGCAAUCCAUUCAGCGGCGGUAAUCAACAAAAUAGACAGCAACAGAACCAACGCGGAUCGCUUCAGCGUGGACAUAAGCGAAACAUGUGGCAACAAGAUGAAUUCGGACGUGAUGAACCGAUGCAUCCCUUCGAACGCGAGCAGCACUUUAUGCGGAAUGAGCAAUUCAAUCGAUUCGAGCAGGAACGAAGGAUGCAAGAAUUACUUGAUAACGAGUUUCCGCCCCAGUUCUGUCGCGAGUUUGAUGAUCGUCGAUUACACCGGUCAAGAUCACCUCAUCAGCGCGGUCGGUUCCACGAUGAUGUUGGUUUGGACUGGGAAAUCCCCACGAAUAUACCCGAACAGGAUCUUGAUGAGUAUAUAUCAAGAAAACAAGAAGCUAUUCAGCGUAGACUCGAACAAUUGGAACGACAGUUAGUUACAUCAACAGAGACCUCUCGGGAGAUGGAUAUAUACGACGACAGGCGCCAGGAGACUAUUUUUAGCAGCAAUGGUGACGUCCAUUAUGUACCUAACCCGGCUGCUAGACAGCGUCGCGGCCGUGGAAGGGGUCGUCCCACUAGACCAUUCGAGGGAGGCAAUCGCCCUAACCGUAACGAGAACUAUCGCACGCGGGAUCCGUUCAGUGGGCUGGACAUUGCACCGAUUAUACGGGAAAAUCGCUCCCCGUCUCCGAAGAGAAGCCGUGGAACCGCGGAGGAGGAUUUCGAUACCGUUCGAUUCAAUGCAGCAUGGAGUUAGAUGAUGAAUAAUGUUUAGAAUUCUCAACCUCCAACGUAAGAUUGAAUGGACUCGAUUUGAGAUACUCUUUGGUUGAGUAAAAAUUUGACACUCGUAUUGUAUCGUAAUGAAUAAAUAAAUAAAUGGAUGAAUAAAUAGAUACAGUAAGCAUG